AACAGAGUGAAAAACUAGACUCAAAGAACACUAUCAACCAUACCCAUUUUGAGCUUAAUUUGUUGCCCAGCAAACAAAGAACAAAGUAAGAACUAAUUUAGAAGCUUCAAUCUAUUAAUCCCAAAACAAAGACUUUCUAAACCCAAUUUGUUAUCAAAAUCUUUACUUUUAAAAACCCCAUCUUGAUGGUACUUCCAAGUUCCAAACAAAGAAAAAACAAAAUCCAAUUGAGCAAGCUGGCCUUGAGAGGUAAUAGAAAAAUCUUUGUUUCAAGAGUUUGAGGGGGAAACGACCAGCCAAGAAUUUGAGAGAGAAAUUCAGAAGAGCAAAGAGAAGGGGCAGUUGUUGUUGGGGAUGAGAUGAGACAGAAGAGAGAAACAAAGUUUAUUAAAUUAACGGUUAGAUGAUGCAAAUCGGUGCCACCAACGAUUGCCACUUCAUUCGGGAAUAAUUCGUGAUUCAAGUUUUCGGGAUAAGUAGCAUUUCCCAAGAUGAAAUCAGAAAUAGAAAAGAAGAAACAAAACUGAGCAAUUAGCAAACUCACCUUGAAUUUCGUUCAGAUGUCGCCGGUGGUGUGGUGGGCGGCAGUGGAUAUGGGAAUGUGAGAGGGAGUGGGUAACUGGGCGGCGCCGCGGCGGUGCAGGGACAGAAGAGGACUGCCGCCAACCUGGGGAAGAAGAGAAGCGAAUUUUCUUUCAGAUCUUGUGAUUAUUAUUCAACAAAGAAGACAAACCAAACAAAGAAGAAGAAGUGGAACAAAGAAUUAAAUGUAAUUUAUUUAUUUAUUUUCCUACGGUGAAGGUAAGGUCCACAGAAGCUAUAGGUGCUCUCACACACAGCAGGUUUGAACCCCAUAAACCCUUUCUCUGCGAUUCUUCAUCUUUCAUUGUUUUCUCUCACAAGUCACAACCAUUCUCCCGAUGCCAUCGUCGACUUCCACCGCCCGAACCCUUGCAGAACUCCGCCGUGUCGCCACCUCCGCCCGCGGCAGCACUAGCUCUGAUCAUUUCCUCGCAGUCAGACCAUUCAGCUCCACUGCACCCGUUUCCUCCGUCUCUAAUUCCGACCCAACACUUUCUUCUUCCUCUGAUUCCAAUGGAAAAGCUUCAAAAUGGUGGCUGUAUCUACCUGGAGCAAUCGCAUUUGGUCUUGGGAGUUGGCAAAUUGUCAGAAGAGAAGAAAAGAUUAAAAUGUUGGAGUAUCGAGGAAAGAGGUUGCAAAUGGAACCAUUGAAAUUCAGUAAUGCUUAUCCAUCAAGUGAGGAGCUAGAUUCUCUGGAAUUUAGAAAGGUUGUCUGCAAGGGAGUUUUUGAUGAUAAAAAUUCAAUCUAUGUGGGACCACGUUCAAGAAGCAUUUCAGGUGUUACCGAAAAUGGUUACUAUGUUAUAACACCUCUUAUGCCAAUUCAUGAUUAUCCUGAUAGCGUGAGUUCUCCAAUUCUAGUUAACCGAGGAUGGGUUCCCCGCAGUUGGAAAGAAAAGUUUCUAGAGGCUUCACAUGAUGAACCCUUUGCAGAUCCACUUCCUUCACCUUCACAAGCCGAUGGAACUAGAUCUUGGUGGAGAUUUUGGUCUAAAAAAGAGCCUGUUAGCAGUGAGGAUCAGGUCCCAUCUAUAACACCUAACGAAGUGAUCGGGGUAGUUCGUGGAAGUGAGAAACUAAGCAUAUUUGUUCCUGCAAAUGAUCACGAGUCUUCUCAGUGGUUCUAUAUUGAUGUUCCUAGCAUUGCCAGACAUUGCGGCCUUCCAGAAAAUACCAUCUAUGUUGAAGAUGUUAAUGAGAAUGUCAAUCCAAGUAAUCCUUACCCUGUUCCUAAGGAUGUCAAUACCUUGAUUCGAAGUUCAGUGAUGCCGCAGGACCACUUAAACUACAUAUUGACAUGGUAUUCUCUUUCUGCAGCAGUUACAUUUAUGGCAUUCAAGAGGCUAAGACAGAAAAAUACGAGGAGAUAGCAAAUUUGUUACUGUUAUAGUUGAAUUUUACGGACACAUAACACCUUCUAUGGAGUAUUUGUCUUCUCAAUCUUCCAAUAUCGAUGCCAAGGAUAAUUUUCAAGCAACUUGUGAUUUACAAGUGAAGUCUUCUCAGCAAGUUACCCACCACCUCAAAAACACUUGUGGAAUGGAAAUGAGGUGAUAUUUUAUUGAAGAAAAUAAUUUUUAAAAAUUUUGAUGCAAGGGGAAUGAUAUCAUAUUUUGAUAAAAAAUUUAUUAGAAAAAGCUACUACUACUACUACUUUGUAAAAUUGAUGUUGGAUUAGAGGUGUUAGAUUGCAGAAAUAAGGGCAUUAAGUUUUUUUUUU